AUGGCGUCUGAAGGAAACCAAUACGAUCCUCGUCAGUUCGAUACGAGGAUGAAUGCAGUUGACGAAGGAGCGGAUACAUUCUACACGACGUACGACGAAGUCUGCGAUAGCUUUGAUGCAAUGGAAUUGAAAUCGGAUCUUCUUAGGGGUAUUUAUGCGUACGGUUUUGAGAAGCCUUCUGCGAUUCAGCAGAGAGGGAUUAUUCCAUUCUGCAAGGGUCUUGAUGUGAUCCAGCAAGCUCAAUCUGGAACUGGAAAAACCGCUACCUUUUGCUCUGGAGUUUUGCAGCAGCUUGAUUACACUCUUGUUCAGUGCCAAGCUCUGGUUUUGGCUCCUACAAGAGAACUCGCUCAGCAAAUCGAAAAGGUUAUGAGGGCACUCGGUGACUUCCUCGGGGUCAAGGUUCACGCCUGUGUUGGCGGGACAAGUGUGCGUGAGGAUCAACGCAUUCUUCAGUCUGGUGUUCAUGUUGUUGUUGGUACCCCUGGUCGUGUCUUUGACAUGUUGCGUAGACAAUCUCUCCGCUCUGAUGCCAUCAGAAUGUUUGUUCUCGAUGAAGCUGAUGAAAUGCUCUCUCGUGGUUUCAAGGACCAGAUAUACGACAUCUUCCAGCUUCUUCCUGGAAAGGUUCAGGUUGGUGUUUUCUCUGCCACAAUGCCACCUGAAGCCCUUGAGAUCACAAAGAGGUUCAUGAACAAACCGGUCAGGAUUCUGGUGAAGCGAGACGAGCUGACUCUUGAAGGUAUCAAGCAGUUUUAUGUCAAUGUUGAGAAAGAAGAGUGGAAGCUAGAGACUCUGUGCGAUCUCUACGAGACUCUUGCCAUCACGCAAAGCGUCAUCUUUGUGAACACAAGGCGUAAGGUUGAUUGGCUAACAGACAAAAUGAGAAGCCGUGACCACACUGUCUCGGCCACACACGGUGACAUGGAUCAGAACACAAGAGACAUCAUCAUGCGCGAAUUCCGCUCUGGAUCUUCCCGUGUCCUCAUUACCACUGACCUCCUUGCUCGUGGUAUCGAUGUUCAGCAAGUCUCUCUGGUCAUAAACUUUGACCUACCAACGCAACCUGAGAAUUACCUUCACCGUAUUGGAAGAAGUGGAAGGUUUGGAAGAAAAGGAGUCGCGAUCAACUUUUUGACAAAAGACGAUGAGAGGAUGUUGUCUGACAUUCAGAACUUCUACAAUGUGGUCGUUCAGGAGUUGCCAAACAAUAUUGCUGAUCUUCUCUAA